AUGCGAGCUUACGUCCUCAAUGAGCAUCUCAAGAGCGUCGAGGAGCUGCCCAAGCAUCUCGUCACUGAUGCGCCAGAUCCUGUACCCAAAGCCAACGAAGUCUUGAUCGAUGUACACUCGGCCGCUCUCAACUUCUUCGACGCUCUCCAAGUCCAGGGCAAAUACCAGAACCAGCCACCGUUUCCAUACUCGCCAGGCGUCGAAUUCUCGGGCGUUAUAUCUGCCACUUCGCCGAUUCCGCAAGGGUGCCCCUUCAAGGCAGGCCAGACGAGAGUCUUUGGCGCAUCCCAAGGCAGCUUUGCCGAGAAGGUGUCGGCCGAUUUCCGGCAGCUGAUCGAGAUACCAGACGGUCUGUCUUUCGAGCAGGCAUCUGGCUUGUUCAUCACGUACCCAACAUCCUACGCCGGUCUCAUCACUCGUGCCAAUCUGAAACGCGACGACUGGGUACUAGUCCAUGCGGCGGCAGGCGGCGUAGGACUGGCAGCGGUCCAGAUCGCCAAAGCGCUGGGCGCCAAGGUCAUAGCUACUGCAGGCAGCGCGGCUAAGCUGGAAGUAGCAAAGAAGCAGGGUGGCGCAGACCACGCACUGGACUACACCAAGGAGGGCUGGCAAAAGGAAGUCUUGAAGCUUACAAAGGGCAAAGGGGUCGACAUUGUCUAUGAUCCCGUUGGCAUGAUCUUACCGUCGCUCAAAUGCAUCGCGUGGAAUGGACGGGCUAUCGUCGUCGGCUUUGCGGCAGGCAAUAUCGAGAAGAUACCGAUGAACCUGGUCUUGCUCAAGAACAUCAGUCUCGUGGGCGUGCAUUGGGGAGCCUACUCCAAGAACGAACAAGGGAAGAUUCCGGAGGUCUGGUCGGCCCUGCUCGAAUUGAUCAGGCAAGGCAAGCUGCGGCCGGCAGUCUAUGACAAGCAAUUCGUCGGUCUCGAGUCUGUCACAGCCGGCCUCAAAGCGCUCACCAAUCGAGAGACCUGGGGCAAGGCUGUCGUCACUGUGAGACAGUCGAAAAAGCAGGACAGCAAGCUCUAAUGCAUUGCUUGACGAUGACGCAUGUGUCACGGCGGCGCUGCCGGCGGGCCUCUACGUCGUGGCUUGUAGAUAAGUACAAUGACCGCGCCAACGAUGAGCAGCACGAGCAGAAAGAUGAUGCGGCAUUUCCCUGAGCGUCGCUGGUAGCUGUUCAGGAGCUCUUAGCUUUCAGUAGGAGAGCAGCAGAACAAGGCGCACGACAUGGCAGUCUGUAGCUCCUCUACUGAAGCCUUG